CAACCCGGCCCACGGAAGGCUGAACCGCCCCGCCACGCUGAACCGCGCCGCGAACCCGGAAGCAGUUGAGGGGGGUUAUAGCGGAAGCGGGGCGGAGCUCGGCCUCUUUGGUGCUGGCGGCUGGUGAGGAUGACGAAGGGUACAUCAUCCUUCGGUAAGCGACGAAAUAAGACACAUACCUUGUGUCGUCGAUGUGGGUCCAAGGCAUACCACCUGCAGAAGUCUACCUGCGGGAAAUGUGGAUACCCUGCCAAGCGUAAGAGAAAGUACAACUGGAGCGCAAAGGCUAAACGACGCAACACUACUGGUACUGGUCGCAUGAGGCACCUGAAAAAGGUGUACCGUCGCUUCAGGAAUGGAUUCCGUGAGGGAACCACACCGAAGCCGAAGAGAGCAGCUGUUGCAGCAUCCAGCUCAUCAUAAAGGCUUAUCUACUUGAUAAAAUAAAUGGUCUUACCAUAAAAUGUCACCUUUUAUACAUGUUGUACUUCAGUGAAAAAGGGGAUAUCUGAAAAUAUGUAUACUUAUACAGUUUUCAGUGAUAUGAAAAGAGUUCAUUAAAAGUAAUUCUUUGUUUGACUCCUCA